ACGCGCGUCUCUCUCCUCUCAACGAGGAGCAGCAGCAAGUAAAAAGGUACUAGUAGUUCAUGGAGGUUCCACGCAUGAUUCCGUCCUCGCAUGAUCCAUCCGCGCCACUCGAGUCUCCGUCACCCUAUAUUUUACGGCGGGGGACUUGGGGGCGACCACCACGUGUGGACUGUGGUGUGGUGUGCGCGAGCUCAUUUCCUUGCACCUGCCGGUUGCUGCCUUCGUCAAAGCUGGUUUCGUCCCGUUCAAUCCUCCGGGCCGCCGCUUCCUUCCCUAAUCCCCUUCACCUGUUCAAGUAUUCAGGCAGCUCAUCCACCUCCUGAUUCUGUCCCUCCUUUUCCAUCUUUGUCUCUCCUAGCAUCCUCCGCCUCUGCUAUGAGCUUCAAUCCACAGAGCUCCCUCUCCCUGUCGGCUUCAAUCACCACGUUCUUGGUCCUCUCCCAUGGGCAGCCAUAACAUUUGUCCCUUCCUUCCCAAAAUCCUCUCUUUUUCCACAGCUGUUCAUCUUUCCUCUUCACGGUCUGUCUGUUGAAAACUAGGCAAAUAUCCCCCCUUUUUUCAACUAUUUCUCAUUGAUGGGGUGCUUCGCCUUCAAGAGCGGCAAGGGCAGGUCCAGGAGCCAGCCGGCCGCCGGAGCCAAGACGCCGCCGCCGGCCAAGUCGCCCCCGGCGUCCGACUCCUCAGGCGGCGGCGGCGGGAAGAGGAGCAAGGCCUCGUCCGCGUCGGCGUCCACGCCCACCAGGAGCAUCCAGGAGCUGUCCGAGGAGCGGGGCGCGCAGCGGCUGCGAGUGUUCGACCUCGACGAGCUCGGCAGCGCCACCAACGGCUUCAGCCGCGCGCUCAAGGUCGGCGAGGGCGGCUUCGGCUCCGUCUACCGCGCCUUCUUCCGCUCCGCCGGCGGCGGCCGCGUCGUCCUCGCCGUCAAGCGCCUCAACCAGCGCAGCCUGCAGGGGCACAAGCAGUGGCUGGCUGAAGUCCAAUUCCUGGGUGUUCUAGAGCACCCGAAUCUCGUAAAGCUGAUCGGCUACUGCGCAGUGGAUUCAGAAGCAGGCAAGCACAGGCUGCUGGUCUACGAGUUCAUGCCCAACAAGAGCUUGGAUGACCAUCUGUUCAACCGAUCUCAUCCUCCCCUUUCAUGGAGAUUGAGGCUGCAGAUCAUGAUAGGUGCCGCAUGGGGCCUGGAUUAUCUCCAUGAAGGAGUGCCGGAAGUUCAGGUGAUCUACAGGGAUUUUAAAGCAUCCAACAUUCUUCUCGACGCCGAAUUCAAGCCAAAACUGUCGGAUUUUGGCCUGGCAAGGGAGGGGCCAACCGAAGGGAAAACGCACGUCUCCACCGCGGUGGUUGGGACGCACGGGUACGCGGCGCCGGACUACAUCGAGACGGGGCACCUGACGGCGAAGAGCGACGUGUGGAGCUUCGGGGUGGUGCUGUACGAGAUCCUGACGGGGCGGCGGUCGCUGGAGCGGAGCCGCCCCGCGGAGGAGCAGAAGCUGCUGGCCUGGGUGCGGCGCCACCCGCCGGACAGCGCCGGCUUCCGGGCCAUCAUGGACCCGCGGCUGGGCGGCCGGUACCCGCUGGCCGCCGCGCGCGACGUGGCCAGGCUCGCCGACCGCUGCCUCGGCAAGAACCCCAAGGAGCGGCCGGCGAUGAGGGACGUCGUCGAGGAGCUCGAACGGGUGCUGCAGAUGGAGCCCCCGCCGCCGCCCGCCGACAAGAAGGGAGGGGACGGCAGGACGCCGCCAUCGGCCAAGAGGUGACGAUGUCAUCUGAGGGCGUAUUCCAAGUUCGUGUGUAUAUAGAGAGGCCAUAAACGCAACAAAAUAGAGCAAGUUCAGGUUUAAACACAGACGAAUUCUAUAUUACAAAGGCUAUACAUAUGUGAAGUGAAGGUUGAUGAUUUCAACAUGCAAAUGCAAAAUUCAGCAAAAGUUCUGCUA